AAGGGAGUGACUGAGGGCUGGCGAGGAAGGGACAGGAUGGCUUAGAAGCCUCUGUCCACAGGACCCACAUCAGGGAGAGGCUCUAGGCAGAGACUGAGGCUGCAAGUAAUGGCUGGGGCUGGAGAAUCCCCUCAAGGGCCCUGAGCGCCCCUUGCCCCGCCUCUAAGGGACACCCCAGAAGUUAGAAUCAGUGGGACUUGGAAGCUCCGAUUGCAACAACAUAUCCCAGCUAUGGCUGGUGAUUCUAGGAAUGCUAUGCACCAAGAUAUGGAGAUUGGAGUCACUCCCAGGGACCCUAAGAAGAUUCCCAAACAAGCUCGCGAUUACAUCCCCAUUGCCACAGACCGCACCCGCCUGCUGGCGGAAGGCAAGAAGCCCCGCCAGCGCUACAUGGAGAAGAGCGGCAAGUGCAACGUCCACCACGGCAAUGUCCAGGAGACCUACCGGUACCUGAGCGACCUCUUCACCACGCUGGUGGACCUCAAGUGGCGCUUCAACCUGCUUGUCUUCACCAUGGUCUACACCGUCACUUGGCUGUUCUUCGGUUUCAUUUGGUGGCUCAUUGCUUAUAUUCGGGGUGAUCUGGACCAUGUCGGUGACCAAGAGUGGAUUCCCUGUGUUGAAAACCUCAGUGGCUUCGUGUCCGCCUUCCUGUUCUCCAUUGAGACCGAAACCACCAUCGGGUACGGCUUUCGGGUGAUCACAGAGAAGUGCCCAGAGGGGAUCAUACUCCUCUUGGUCCAGGCCAUCCUCGGCUCCAUCGUCAAUGCCUUCAUGGUGGGCUGCAUGUUUGUCAAGAUCAGCCAGCCGAAGAAGAGAGCCGAGACCCUCAUGUUUUCCAACAACGCGGUCAUCUCCAUGCGGGAUGAGAAGCUCUGCCUCAUGUUCCGGGUGGGUGACCUUCGCAACUCCCACAUCGUAGAAGCCUCCAUCCGCGCCAAGCUCAUCAAGUCCCGGCAGACCAAAGAAGGGGAAUUCAUCCCCCUGAACCAAACGGACAUUAACGUGGGCUUUGACACGGGGGAUGACCGUCUCUUUCUGGUGUCGCCACUCACCAUCUCCCAUGAGAUCAAUGAGAAGAGCCCUUUCUGGGAGAUGUCGAGGGCCCAGCUGGAUCAGGAAGAGUUUGAAAUUGUGGUCAUUCUUGAAGGGAUGGUGGAGGCAACAGGCAUGACUUGCCAAGCACGGAGCUCAUACAUGGAUACAGAGGUGCUCUGGGGCCACCGGUUCACACCAGUCCUCACCUUGGAAAAAGGCUUCUAUGAGGUGGACUACAACACUUUCCAUGACACCUAUGAGACCAACACACCCAGCUGCUGUGCCAAGGAGCUGGCAGAAAUGAAGCGGGAAGGCCGGCUCUUCCAGUACCUCCCCAGCACCCCCCUGCCGGGAAGCUGUGCUAAAGCAGAGCCUGAUGCAGAGGCUGAACAGAAUGGAAAGGAUGAGCCUGAGGGGCUAAGUGGGUCCCGGAAGACCAGGGAUUCAGUGUAAGGGCUGCACUGUCCCUACAACCUUCCUUCACUGGCUUCUAUGAGCUCAGAUGCUGCAGAGCCAGGGUGAAGGGGGUGAAUUAGCUGAGCAUGGUGUUUGGGGGACCUAGGAACCAUCAAGGCUCUGUGGGGAGGAACAUUAUAUCCAGUCCUGGAUGCUCCCUGUUCAGGGCUCCUCCAAACAGGUGGCCUAUUGCCUGGGCCCCCACAGCAAUGCUGCCUCUUCUCUCUCAGCCUCUGUGGGCACUGACCAAAGGCCAGAGGAGGAAGGGUUUCCCCACAAUAAAAGUUACAGGGUGGCCUCUGUCCUCACAUACACCUCUGUCAUCUAGCCCACAAUCACCUCUCUACUUAGGUCUCACGAACCAACUGGCAGCUCCUCUCCAGGGGCUGACACCUAGAGGGAGCUGUCACAGCCCUUCCUGUCACUACUACCACCCGAAGGCUCGUCGUGGAUUCUGAGAGGAGAGAUUCUGCCCUCCUGGAAGCUCAAAACCCUGUCCUAGAGUGAGCUCACAGACCUCAUGGGUUAAGGUCGAUUGGAGUCAUGCCGGCACUUCCUUUCAAAUUCGAGACCAAUGAUGACCACUUAUUGGGAGCUGUGGAGUACAAGGCCCCUGGUGAUCUCUGUCACUAUCUCUGAAGGGUGUAUGCUUUCCCUCCGCUGUGUUCUACACGUCAAAUGUAGCCUACUGGACAACUGAUCUCCUUAAAGCGACUCUUAGAAAGUCACCUGGGCCACCUCUGAGCACCUCUGAGCACACCGAUAGUUAUCUCGGCCACUUCCAGGCCACCCCUAAUCUCACUGUACCCUGUGCCUCCCACCAGUGGGAGAACCCCAGAAGCUGGUUCUUUUUAAUACUUUGACCCAAGAAUCUCAAAGUACUUUUAACUUUUGCUGAGGUGUUCUUUCACAGUCUCAGAGAGCCUGUGGUGGAUCUUGGGAGAGAGAAAGCUGAGUUUCAGAGGCCAAGAUGAGCCAGUCAGUGCUGAAACGGGGAGGGCCCAGAGGGAAGAGAAACAAAGAGAAAGACAAGCACGUAAAAUUUUAAAACAAGCAUUGGCACCAGUUCUUUCUGAGGUAUCUGACCUCAGGGCUCAGCACAUCUCUGUUACCCAGAGAAUUAGAGGAUGUGAGGCAAAGUGAGAGGUGACUGCACAGGCAGCUUCGCCUUCAAGCCCAGGCUGGGCCAACUCUCACCUGGUGCCAGGAAGCCCCUGGGUCUCCCCGCUGGCAAGCAGGUGUCUCAAAAGACCACUGGGCUGGGAGAGCUCAGAUAGUGCCCAGGGAAGGGAGAGGGAAAUCAAUGGGAGAAUUGGGAGGGCGUGAACGUUAAGAGAAAAAAGAGCAGAGAAGAGUCUUAAAACUGACAGCUUCAGAGGGCUUUUCUUUUUCAGUAAAGAGGGCACAGAAAGAGGAUGGACAGAUGGAUAGUGCAGAUUUUCCUGUCAAUGGAUGGAGACUGUCUGGUCGUGUUGAGGCAAACAGGCUUCUGAUUAGCUGACUUAGACCUGGAGAGAGGUUUCAGAUGUUCCCUGGCCACAAAAUUAUGAAUGUCUCACCCACAAUUUUCACAGCUCUCAACUGGCCUUUGAAAAUGGAAGUAUUUUCUGCCCCAAAUGUGAAGCACCUUCCCCACGAGUAAAAGCAAAGCCACAGUGAGACAGAACGUUAAGGCAGAGCAAAGGGGAUUGUGUUUGGAUCUCAGGCUCAGGUCCCCUCAGGCUGGGUCUUCUAGGUUCUGGGCAGAGGAGAAGAGGAGGCAGGCAGCCUGAGAUGGGGACCAGCCUCUCAUGGACUGUCAUCUUCAGGGUAGGCUUGGGUACAUGGGCUGGAUUUUGACAGGUGGGCACAGGGAAGCAGCAAGCAAGCUGGGGUCAUCACCAGGGGACUGGCAUUGAGUGAAGUUUCAGGCUUCCUUCUGCGGUGAAGCAGGUCUUGGGGGGUUAGGAAAAUGGACUGCCCUCAAGGGAAAUGGAAGCAGGCAGCCUAUAGCAACCAGGUAUGGAACUGCGUGCAAUCAAGAAUCUAAAGCCCAUUACUGAGACUGGAUGCCUUGAGGGGAGAGGAGCUGCAGCUGGAACUCAGUGCUGGUACUCACCACGGGCCCACCAGAUCCAACGCUUGCCCAGCGGGACUGUUUCUUUGCCCUCAGAUAGAUCUAAAACCUGCCUUAGUCAAACCGAUCAAUGCCUGCAGGCUACAGCCCUCAGAGAGGCAGAUAAGCAAGGACUGGGGAAACUAUAGGUGAGGGUAGCCUUGUAGCUGGCUGGGGCCUGGGGCCUGUUUCACACCUCAGUUUAUGAUUCUAAAUGUCCCCCAAACAGCCAAGCAAGUGGCUCUCCAGCUCAACACUGCAGUGGCCACCAUGACCCAAAUCGUUAUCUCUAGGCCAACUACAGAAGCCGUAAAGGCUGCAGAAGAGGAAGAGAUUAAUGCAGUCCUAUUCUAAAGCUCCGUGAUCGUCCAGAGGCCACGUGUACUGUGCUUAGUCACACACUAAUCUGAGUGUGCACAUUAGCUUUUAUCUCUCAUGGAAACGGAAAUGCAAGAAGACUGCCACUCAUACUCCUAGGAAAUCCUUCUUCAUGACCAGUUGAUCCAACUAAAGCUUGAAGACUUUUUCAGAUCAUUUUCUGGAAGUUCUUAUAUAAACAUGGUCUUACUAAAUGUAAAGUCUGAUGAGGAACAGAGCUUCAGUUGGUCACUUAAAAAACAUUGUGCCUGUACACACACCACUGUAGGUUACAGUCCUGAGUUGCAUGGCUCAGAAUCCACCCAUCACUUCCAAUGGGCCACAGAUUAUUGAGCCAGGCAGUAAAGUGAGGCCACACGUAAUUCCCACAGGCCUCAACAUCUCCACAAUCCCAAAGCAUUAUCUCCCUGGUCAGUCCUUAAAAGCACUGGGAGCUAAAUUCCUGCCUUAGCGUCUAUGUCCUUUCUUUCUGAGAACAAACAUCCCCUUUUGGGAAAAGGCCCCAUGAACUCAGAAGAAAGUAAGUUCUCAUGAAUUCUCCUCUCCCCAUCAAUCUGACACCUGACAGGUAUUGACACCAUUGCCUGAAGGAUGGUAGAAUAGUUGAAUGGCUGUCCAUGGUUCAGAUGUCGCCCUGGGUGUGCAGUCAGAGCCCAUUUCCUGUCAUUUCCUUCUACUGCUUUGAGAUGAUGGCUUGAGCAGUUGACCGUGAUGGAGGAGAAAGAGCCCUGGUCUGUCUGGGGAGAACCCUCCCUGCUCAUGAUGUGUAACAGCUGGGCACCUUCUUUCACAUUACUUUCCCAUGUCCUGACUUCCAGCAGGCCUCAACUAUGUGUCUCUUGUGAGUUGGGAGCCCUAGAAUUUUUUGUAUUGAAGUUUCCAAAAUCAGAAAAAAAAAAAAA